GCAAUCCCCGAGUUCCUUCAUCCCAAGAACGCGAAGGAGGCGCUCGAGGUCCUUCUCAGGCCAAGGGAAGAAGGAGGGAGACAUCGGCUGCGAGGACUCCUUCUGCUGUGGACUCUGGCUGCCUUUUCGCGGCCGCCGGGCCUCGAGGGGUGGAGUGCCGAUGUCCUUGGAUGGGAUUUUCGCUUCUAUUUGAUCUGGAGCAAGAGUGCCAUGGUCGUCGGGCAGGUGGCCACAAUCCUUGUCCUGGUGGCCACGCGGAAGUGGCCCGUCGACGACUGCCUCCUCGCCGCCAUCUCCGAGGCCAUGUGCUUCCCCGAAGACCUGGUGCUGCUGGCCAUCUCCGGACCCGACCUGGCCUGGAUGAUGGCCCUCGUACUCGCCCUCUCGCUGAUGCACAACUUCGCGGAGAUCGGGGUCACCGCGGCGGCGUCGAAGAUCGUCAGGAGCCCCGAGCGCGCCCGCCUCUUCGGCCUGCUGGCGGCGCUGCGACUGCUAGCCUCCCCUCUGCGGCGGUUCACCUACGCUGCGCUGACCCACGCCGCCGAGGACACGUUCCCUUCGGCGCAGUACCUCGUCGCCGCCGCCUUCGCCUGCCUCAACGCCUUCCUGGCAGCGAGUCUGUACCGACGGAGGCCCCGGAGGAGGCAGGAGGGAGAGGGAAGCGCCGGGGCGAGACGGGAGGGCGGACGAGGGGAAAAAAUGGCGAAAACAUUAUUUGGCACCGUGUUACAGAAAACUUGA